AACGGUCAUUUUGUUUUAAGCAAAACUAUGUCGUUUUGCUCUACUCAAUUUUAUCCCAGCCAUAUACCCGAAAUAGCUCAUUUUUUUCCCCUAAAAAAUUUCCCCAAAAACCUAAAAUUUCCCCAAAUCGCUAAUUUUUUUUCCAAAUCAAAAUCGCAACCCAACUGUCGCAGCCAAUCGGUAGAGUUGCUUGACCCGACGGAAGGGAUUUGUCGCAAGCCCUCGGCGGUUGAUAUUAUUUACAACAUCUCUUUGCAGAUUGUACGUGCUUGUACAUUCAGCUAUUCAGCGAGAACUUCCAGUUGUGAUAGCAAAAGCUCGAAAGCUUAUAACUUUGAGCAAAUUCAGUUCCUUACAUUCUCACAGGAUUCACAUUCAAAGAACAAGAAACAUCACAGCAACUCAUUGGGAUCGAGUAGUCAGAAUUCAGAAUCAAGCGACACACAAGAGCUAUAUUUGGAGCUUAGACUGUCACUGUAAUCAGUAAAUUUUUUUUGCCACUUUAAAUGCAUGCUCAUGGAACUGCAUUUUAUGCUUUCCUAGAAUUGUAAGUUCAAAUAAGGUGUUGGUCUUGUAAUUCAUACAUACAACUUCAGCAAGUUGAUAUAAACUAGUUUGAAUUUUUUUUUUUAAA